UCAGCCAAAGCACUAAGAGAAGGGACACUGUUGCGCCACCAAGCAGUUGGGUGGUUUUUUUUUCAGGUUUUUUUGUGUGUUGACAUUGAGGCCAGGAUUUGCCCUUAAACGAUUUGUUUUCUCAUGAGCAGCUGGACUUUAAACUCCAACAUCUCUCGCGUAGUCAUUUCCGCCAAGAACCGCAGGAAUGCAGGCAGCAGCCAUUGGGCUGAGGGGGUGAUGAUGGCAAGGAGCUCUUGGACGAUAUUGUUUCUUGUCUCUGCCCUUUUCCUUCAGACAGAGCAGACAGUGUUUAUAUCAGCUGAUGAUGCAAAUGAAGUUAUCAAGAGACAGAGGCGUGCCAGUUCCCUACUUUUUGAGGAGGUUCUUCCAGGCAGCUUGGAAAGGGAAUGUCUUGAAGAGAGAUGUACACAUGAAGAAGCAAGAGAAGUAUUUGAAAAUGAUGAAAUGCUCAAAAUGUUUUGGGAUGCCUACUAUGGUGGCAGAAGGUGCUCAUCGAGCCCCUGCCAGCACAACGGCGUGUGCGAGGACAGCAUUCGUGGCUACACCUGCACCUGUGCUGAGGGCUACGAGGGAGAAAACUGUGCUUUCGCUAAAAAUGAAUGUCGCCACCAUGCAAAGGAAGGAUGUCACCACUUCUGCUACCCGGGAAGUAACUCCUACCGUUGUUCCUGUGCUGAUGGCUACGAGCUUGGCAAGGACAAAAAACAGUGCAUCGCGUUAGAUCAAUGUGCAUGUGGCAGACUGCAAGACAGUGAUAAUCUGAUACGUGAAACAAGGAAGAAACACGAUGAGCGAUUUCCUUGGCAGGUCCUGCUGCUAAAUUCAGAAGGGAAGGGCUUCUGUGGAGGAGUACUGCUAAAAAGUAACUUUGUGUUAACUACAGCAGAGUGUGCCCUUCUGCACAGGCAUUUUGAAAUCAGGAUUGGUGCUGGCCCUAAUGGAACAAGUGGAAUUGAGAAGACAAUGCAAGUUAGUGAGAAACACAUACACAUCCGUUACGAUGAAGACACUGGUGAGAACAACAUCGCCUUACUACAACUCCAAGAGCGUGUUGAGUGCAACAACCACCAGCUUCCUGUCUGCAUACCCGAAAGAGACUUUGCAGAACACAUUUUAAUUCCAAAACUGGCUGGUACGGUCAGUGGCUGGAGAAUGGAAGGUGAUGAACUUCAAGGUGAUGAGUUGCAUGUUUCAUACCUUCCUGCUGAGGACUGCAAACAAAUACUCAACAUAAGCCUCACAAACAGGCAGUUUUGUGGACACCUCCAGGAGCCUGUAGACAAACGACUGGCUGGAGGAAGCUUUUUAGCUACCGUGUAUAAAGGUACUUGGUUUCUGACAGGUAUUCUGGGAUCUUGGCCACUAGAAGACACAGACUGGGAAACGCUUCUCUUCACUAACACUGCAAGGUAUAUGAUAUGGUUUAAACAAAAAAUGAAAUAAGUCACAAACACAACCUACUCUCCAGCACCAAACCCCUACCAAUCACCCCAAGAAAACAUUUGUAUGCAGCCAGUACAUCCAUUUGAUUAUCACAAUUUGCAGCAAUGAAAGUCGCAACAAUAUGUAUAUCACACAGAAAAACCUCUUUGUCUUUACUUCCAUUGACACACAGUACUGCGAAAGUCACGAUGUGGUAAACCUAGUUAUUUUACUAAAAACUGACUGGACUUCAA